AACUCGGCUUUAUAGCUUAUAUUAUAUCAAACGUGCAUGUCAUGAAUAAGCUUACAUAUCUACGAUUAUACCCUAGUUUUCGCUUUUAUUGCAGUGUUAAGUCAUCAAUACACAAAAUCGAAAAGAAAGACUUGGUCGAGUUAGUGCCAAAAAAUCCUGUUAAAUCUGCUAUAGAUUUGAGCAAGUUGCCUCCAAAGACAAAAAUAGAUAUCGAUACUAUAAAUUUGCUGGAAAGAUUGUCUUUAGUUGAUUGUGCUAACAGAAAAGGUAUUGAAACUUUGGAAGCAGCAAUUGCCUUUGCCGAUCAAAUUCAACAGGUUAAUACUGAAGGAGUUGAGCCUUUAGUGACGGUAUUGGAGGAUAAGCCUUUAAGGGUAAGGGAGGACAUUGUCACUGACGGAAACUGUAAAAAAGAUAUUCUUAGAAACGCCGCUUUAAUAGAAGAGGAUUAUUUUGUGGCCCCACCAGGCAACAUACCUUUAGAAGCAAGAGAAAAUCCUUUACAUGAAGAGGAAGAAAAUAAAAAAUGAACAAAAUUUUAACAUUAUGUGAAAAUAGAGGUUUUCUUCAAAAAACUUAUAAUGCAGCUUUAAAACAGGAUAUCAUCACAAUAUUUCCCACAGGUGCUUUAUUACAGGCUAAUUUACGUAAUGAAUGGUUUAAUAGUAGCAUUAUUAACAAGGACCAUACUGUUUUCUUAAAUAAAAACGAUUUUGAUGAGACUGUUGAAUAUGCAAGAAAUUUAUGUAAUGUUUUACCCUUUGGUGUUGCUGAUGUAUUACGAAAUAAAAAAUCCAUGAAAGAAAGGGUGGAUUUGGUUAAGGAAAGUGGCAACAAGUUUGAUUUUAGAAUGUAUACCUUGGAAAACGAUUAUAAUUUAAAAACCAAUUUUUAUGUGUCUCCAAAAACUUCAACACACUUUUUUCAUCAGUUUCAAAAGCAAAGAAAGAUGUGGUGGAGAAAAUUUUCAGCCAAUCCAGGUAGAUACUGUUAUUCAGACAUAAAAAAUGGUGAUAAGGGAACACAGAGAAUUGAUAUAAUUGCUGAAUAUGAAUGGGGAAAACAAAUAUUGGAAACUCUAACUUUAAACAAUGAUGGAAGAAAAAAGAAAAAUCUAGAAUUUAAAGAAGGCAAAACUACGUUUUACCCAGACAUUAUAAGCAGCGAUAUUUCCACAACAGCCAUGUUUCUAAAUGCAUUAUGUGAUUCUUAUGAAGAACCAGUAUCUCAAGGAAAACCAAGACCUCUACUGCAUUUCCACAGAAAACUGGCACCUUAUAAACUCAGUUUUGCUAUUACAUCACAAAAGGCAUCAACAUUGUCAGAAUUGUGCGAUUUGGCAUUAUUUUUAUGUAGGCAAUUAAGGGAUAAUCAUGUAUCCACUUUAAUGUUGCCAAGUUGUUCGAAAUUAAAGCUAGAGGAGCAAUGGCAACAGUAUGAUCAGAUGGGAAUCCCCUACAAUAUAAUUUUAAACGACAACACGUUAAAAGAUGGUGUUACUUUACUGAGAAGCAGGGAUACCACCUUAAAAGAACAAGUGCAUGUGUCAGAUAUUGUUGAUUAUGUUGAAAAACUGUUUAAAAAUUAUUAAAUGUAAAUAAAUAAGUAAAGGAAGCAAACAUCAACGAUAAAUAUUUUAUUUGUACACCUAUUACAUAAAUAAACUUAAGACUUACAUAAUAUUAACAUACCUAAAUCUCUUGUAUAUAAUAUAUUCACAGUGUUUUUUUGUUUAGA